CUGAUAAUGGCGAACUUGGGCUUAACAGAGCUCUAACAGUCGACUCCUCUCCUCCAAUCGAGGAGGAAGAACCCAAAACGCAGAGAUUCGACCCAGGCGCCCUUCCUCCGUUACGUCGUGAGAGAUGUGCGAUCGUGUUUGCGUUGGCUGCUGGAGCUGCUUACCUCAACAAUUGGCUUGUUUGGCCUCUUUAUUGGUUUGCUCAAGGAACCAUGUUCUGGGCUCUCUUCGUUCUUGGCCUCUAUUCUUGUCCCUUACCAUGGCUGGAGAAUUAGCCACAGAACUCACCACCAGAACCAUGGACAUGUUGAGAACGACUAAUCUUGGCAUCCUGUCAAGACAUAGUCAAAGAAUGGAGCAUUGGGAGUUUUCUUGUGUCACGGAGUGGAGGAAGUCUUGUAGUUUUCUGUUUUGUUGCCUUGUAGCAUUGGGAAUAAGCUUGUAGUUUUCUGUCAUGGAGGAAGUCUUGUAGUUUUCAGUCACUUUUGAUCACACAUAUACUCUCUCAUUCUCAACCAACCAAGAUCAUUUUGUGUAGACAUGUUUUUCAUAAAAUGUUUAAUUUUUUUUAAGAACUCUUAAUUAAGAGACUUGCAUUGGAGAUGGUAAAUAUUAAAAUCUCUUAGCUA